AUGUUCGAUAAAACGGGUCUACGCGGUCUGAGAGGGGCUCCGUUGGUGGCUGCCAUCACCUCAGUAUGCUCCGCAUCAUUCCUAUUAUUUGGAUAUGAUCAAGGUGUCAUGUCGGGCGUGGUGAUUUCUGAGUACUGGCUGGCGGAAAUGGGCAAUCCUAGUACGGUUAUGACCGGUACUAUCACUGCUUUAUAUGACGUUGGGGCGGUAUUUGGAGCAAUCAUCGCUGCGUUGACUGUGGAGCGGAUGGGUCGAAAGGGUGGAUUGAUGGUUGGAGCAGCUCUGAUUGUCAUUGGUUCUGCAUUAAUGGGUGGUUGUGUGGAGAGAGUUCAAAUGAUCGUGGGCAGAAUCAUUACUGGCUUAGGGAUUGGCUUUUUAACAUCAGUCGCCCCCGUAUAUCAGAGUGAAAUCUGUCUACCCAGCCAACGAGGAUGGCAUGUAUCUUGCCAGCUGACAACAAUGUUGUUUGGAUUGAUGCUGGCAUACUGGAUCAACUAUGCAUUUUAUUUUCAACCUGGUCAGAUUCAGUGGCGGUUCCCAUUAGCGUUCCAAGCCGUUUUCGCCAUCUAUGUGCUCAUCGUCACGCCGUUCUUACCGGACACCCCACGUUGGCUCAUGCUUCAUGAGCCCUCCCCUGAACGGGGUGUUAUGGUGCUAGCCAAAUUGCGCAAUAAGGCAGAAGACAACUUGGAUGUUCAGAAAGAAAAGUCAGACAUCAUGACCGCUAUCAAUAUUGAAGCGGAGGAGGAAGGUUCAUGGAAGUCGUUGUUUACAGACGGCGGUUGUGCUGCAAAUAAGCGCUUUUUCCUGGCACUUGGAAUCCAAUUCAUGCAGCAGACUUCAGGUAUCAACAUUGUUAGUUACUACGCACCAACGCUGUUUACCGAGAGUCUGGGUAUGUCUCAGGAGCGAGCGUUGUUCGUGGGUUGCUUUCUUCAAGUGUGGUAUAUCUUGGCCUCUUUACUCACGUGGUAUAUGAUUGACGCAGUUGGAAGACGACGUCUAUUUAUCAGCAUGGCAAUCGGGAUGGGCGUAGUCCUGAUCUGCGAGGCUAUCACAGUCGCCAUUGGUACUCAGCAGUCUGGAAUCGCAGCAGUAUUUUUCGUAUUUGCAUUCGAAGCCUGCUUCACAUGGGGCUGGAUGGCUACAGUGUGGGUAUACCCAGCCGAGAUCCUUCCACUCAAAAUUCGAUCCAAGGGAGCCGCAUUGGCAGCCGCAGCCGACUUUCUAGGAAACUUCAUUGUCGUGGAAAUCACGCCCCCGGCUCUUGAGAACAUUGGCUAUAAGACCUAUAUCAUUUUCGCGGUGUUCAACCUCGUUGCAGCAAUCAUUGUCUAUUGCUUCUACCCCGAAACGGCUUACCUCAAUCUCGAGUCCGUGGAUCUUCUUUUCUUGUCAGAUGAGGACCGGGACCAGGAGAUUGAGUCGAAGCAAAAGUUCUAUCACAAAGCUAUUCAGUGGAAUGUGGUUCCUCGAGCUCGAAUGGCUGUUAAUGAGGCCAAAGCGAAGAAGAGAGCGGGCCUGGCUGAAACAAUGGGUGAUGUUGAACAACCCGAUGUAAAGCAUGGGGAACUCGACCAUGUUGAGUUCAAGGGGUGA